CAAAGAUGGCUGGAGUAGGUGUACUCAUGCGCCUUUUGGGGAACAAAUUUAAUGAAUGCAAAAUUUUGAUGUAUUUGUUCGACGUUUUAAACUGAUUUAUAUUUUUAUAUAGCCUGAAAUGACAAAGUGAUGAAAAAUAUCCAGUUAUAUAGGUGACUUCAAUCCCUCGUUCUUCAUGCACCCUGUCUCCGUUACUCCCGUUGCCAUGGUGACAGCACACAUCAGAGUGUCGUGUUGUGGUGUCGAUGAUUGUUAUUCCAUCUUGGUUUGAUUAGUUAUUAGUCAGUCGAAGACUUCAGAAGACUUGGUGGUAAAGGCACUAAUGGACUUCACUGGAAGCAGUUACGAAGGGGAUCAAAAAUAUGGCAGGAUGGAUGGAAAAGGAACCUAUACCUUUCCCUCAGAGACCAAGUAUGUGGGAGAGAUGAAAAACGGGAUGUUUCAUGGCAAAGGAGUGCUGCACUUUCCAAAUGGAAGUAAAUAUGAUGCCACAUGGGAGAACGGCAUAGCUAAACAGGGGAAGUUCACCUUUGCUGAUGGUCUGCAGUACCAGGAGGAGGACUGGGACUACUGUGAUGGUUACGACAGAUGCUUUUACAGCGAGAGGUGCAAUGGACUCAGACCUGCAGGAGAAUCUCAACUAACUGAUCGUCAUCCUCCUCUUGUUAUACCUGAUGGAUGUUAUGAUUGUGGAGACGGUUUCUAUGAUCCCUCAUCCAGAGUCGUCACAUCAUACACAGGAGGAUUCCUCAGGAAUGCAGUCCUCCAGAAGAAUACUCCUGUAUCUUUUAGGGAUUUAUUUCUCAACCCUCAGAGGUGAAGGCACAUUUGUCACAGUGGGUGUGAAGACAGAAUUUAUUGCCUCUCGGCUUCCGCCCAGGAUGAGGAUUGCAGCGCUGAUGGGACACAGGGAAGACCCACCCUCCCAGAGAGGACGUUUGCCACAGCAAGGAAAGAGGAAGGAGCUCCCUGUGUAGCCAUUACAACUGGUGGAUGUAGGAUGAGGAAGAAGUGAGCAGGACGAGCCAGUGAAGACCAACCUGAAAUCUAUAAGAGUUCCAGAAACAAUGCAUAUGGAUCUGUUUUGAACAUGGUGAUGACUGAACUUUCAUCCCCUGGAUCUACAUGCUGUUGCUAAGAAACAUCAGGCUAAACUUUAUUUACUGGCCAAAGCUGACCUGUUGCUAUUGCUGUCUUGCCGUCCUUAGUUACCGUUGCUAACUUGGACAAACAGCUCGGCUUGGCUUGAUGCCAAAUACCAAAACAAUAGGAUCUGUUGCUAAUAUUCCCCAAGAGGUUAUGUAUUAUUUUUGGAACUAAACUGAUUUCUUGUCGUCAAGUUGCUGCAGAUAUGCUUUUAAUACUAUAUGGUGAAUGCUACAUGUCACAAAUACCGAUACGCUAUAUAGAGAUGCAGGAAAUUGACGUUUUUUGAAGGAUUUAUUUCUUGGAAAACAGAUAAAAGAUACAGCUACAAAAUAAGCAAUGUCAUUAAUGCUCUUCAAGUCUGUCCUAAGUCUCACAAAGCAUUACACUUUUAUAGCCACUAGGACACUUACAGUAUUACAAAGUAUUGGGUUAAUCACUCACGGACUCACCACAGAGGUCUGAAGUGAAGCCCAGCAGCAGGAUGUUCAUGGACUGAUCCACAUCUACACCUGUCUACAUGUUGAAAACUCAUUCAGUAUUGUUCCAUGAAAGUUAUUCCCAGAUGCAAGUGUCCCCCUGUGGGAACCGAUCAGUGGUUACUGUUAAAAUACAAUUUUCAUCUUGAACUGUCUAUUAAAUUUGACUUCUGGUUUUAGAAAAGUGAAAGAUAAAUCUACAGAUUACUGUUGAAUCUGGAAAGACUACAAAACUAGAUGUUUCAACACAGUAUAUUCUGACCAUUAGGAAUUUCUCAUUUGUGGCAUGGGAACAUGGGAGUUGUUGUUUACUACACAAUAUGAAUGAACCUGAUGUGACUCAUGCAG